AGCACAAAGCGAACUAUUCUUUCGCCUUUUACUAAAGAAUACCGUGUGCUUGCCGCAAAUAGCGGCAUACGCCUAUUUUUGGAGGGUUCUCUUCUCUUUGGAGGAGGAUCCACACCAAUAUUAGUUCACGAUUUGCUCUUAAUUUAUAGAAAUGUCACAAAUAAACUUUAAGUAAACCAUAUUAAAUAAUUUAAGGAAUUUAAAUUUUAAGUUAAUUAAAACGAAAACGUAACUGUAAUUAACAGAAUGAUCAUUCUUUUUGAACAUCCCUUAUCUGUUUUUGAUUAUUCUUUCUAUUCUUGGCUUAUUAUGAUAAUUACACAAUUCAUAAUCCAAUUUGGUUUUACUUUGGUAAAUUACAGAUUGCAUGUUAAACAAUUAAUUUUGUGGGUUCUGCUCAAACUAUUGAAAGCAAAAAAGGGGUGGAGAUUUAAAAUUAUGAAAGAUAAGUCAUAUACAAGGAGAAGUAAUAGCAUAAUUGAUCUUGAAAUUGGCGGGAGUUCUAGUUCGGAUCAAGAUAAAUUAUUGAGUUCUGAUGAAAAUAAUAGUGUGGAGGUAUGGGUAAGGGAAGGAGACGAAAAUGUGGCGGAUAUGAACGGAAUAAUGGUGAAGGAGAAAAGGAAUGCGAAACCACCGCGACCUCCGAGAGGUCCGUUGUUGGAUGCAGCUGAUAUGAAAUGGCUGAGAGAAAUUUCUGAGCUAGCGAGAUUGAAGCAUGCUCGGAUGCAACGGAUCAAGGCGUUAAAGAAGAGGAAGAGAGCAGAGAAGGGGUCGUCGUCAUCUUCUUGCAAUAACAUUUGGGCAAUGGUUGUUACUGUUGUAUUCUUCUGUGUCAUAUUUUUCCAAGGUUUCUUGGCUUCUCAUGUUUGACAGCUUUUCGAGAAUUCAUCUUCCUUCAUCCAUUGGUACAAAUACUUGGACACCAAUACGAAAAAAUGGGACACCUAAACACGAAUAUGGAUAUGGAGAAACAUAACAUUCAGACACAUACGGUUGUAGAGAAACAUAACAUUCAGACACAUACGGUUGUAGAGAAACAUAACAUUCAGACACAUACGGUUGUAGAGAAACAUAACAUUUAGACACACGCAAACCAGAAAAUUUGGACGCGAAUACAGCGGAAGUGUUAUUCUAAAAUUUUAUAAGUUGAAAAUGAACUGUCAUUUCAAAAACGUCAAAUUUCCAACGCGAUUUCAAGACAGAAAAUGAUGAUUGAAUGAAGUAUUUUCGUGGAUUCAUCUCAGGUUUCUUUAAAUGACUUCUUUCCUGUCUAUGAGAUAGAACAGAAGAUCAUGUGAAAAGAGCGAGCUUCAGCCGCCUAAAGACUUUCCGGCAUUCUUGGUCUUCAAAGAGAGCUCUGUGCCGGAGAAUACACGGUUUCAGGUGGUGCUAAUAUUCCUCUUCAACUGUACAAUCCUUGGCUUAGUGCUUUGUUCUGUAAUAUAUUUACAUGCACACAU